AUGGAAGUGUUGACUAGAUUCAUUGGGAAAUUAAGCGAGCGAAUAAAGUCCAUUCUUAAUACUCUUGAUAGUAUCAGCUUAAAUGUUCUGCCUUCACUUCAGUUCAUCCUUCUGUUCUUUGCCUUUGGAUCUGGAAGAGUGGGAUUCUUCAUUGUUGCAGUUUUACCAGUUUUUAUCACAGUGACAAACUACGACUGGGAUUUAGUAUGUGGAGAACGGAUGGGCUGUUUACCUUCAGUCAGGAGAUCAGUGUGGUUGAUCCUCAUGUUAUUAAUCAAUGCUGUGAUGGUGUAUUUCUACAUCAUAGCACUGGAGAAUGAAAAAGAUCGUGUUGGAUGGGCCUGUAUGAUUGCGUUUCUGCAGUUACUCUGGGCAGUGAUGAACUUCACAUGGUCAUUUAUAUGGGUUCUUCAUCGUGUUGUUCCUGUGUAUGUGUUUGGAUCAGUUGCUGUUGUGUUACUGAACUCUGUUACUCUGAUGACUGAACUCAUACUGAAAACAGUUAAUGGUGAAGGUGCAGUUGGAGAUCUGAGAAUCGUCGUCUUUUCCUCUGAAUUUGUCUUCACUUUAUUGCUGAUAAUUAUUCUGGUAUUUGAACCCUGGAUUAAAACAUGUCUGCAGUCAUGUCAGAGUGCAGCAGGUUAUGAUGAACAUCCAGCCAGUGAAUCAAACCAAAACACAGCAGGAGCACAUGAAAUGGAAACUCUUCUGAAGACUGAAGAUCAGGACACUGCAGAUCAGUCUUUGGGGGAUUUCAUCAUUGGUCAUGCAGGGUCUACUCCCCCUCCCAGCCCUAGUAAGUGCUACCAAGCAGUUUAUGACUACACCGCAGCUGAUGAGGAUGAGGUGUCAUUUAUGGUUGGGGACAUGAUUGUGGGCGUGCAGCUGAUUGAUGAGGGAUGGAUGUAUGGAACAGUGGAGCGCACCGGCCAGCAGGGGAUAUUCCUGGCAAAUUAUGUAGAGGCAUACAAUUAUGUCUGAACACCAGUGGGAUCAUCUUACCUUUCAAGAUCUCAUCUUUUUCCUUUUCUAUUCCUGCUUUAACUGUCCAGUGAGAAGUCAACAUCUUUGACCCGGUUAUGACAAAACAAAUGUAGUUCAGUAUGAAAUCAUACACACCAACAUGGAAAGGCAUAGAUAGUUAAUGAUUAAAAAGUUAUAACCAUAUCAUUUUCUCUAUAUGGACUUCUAUAUGGUUUUACUGGCCGUCUGACUGUUUUUAUUAAGUUUUUUGUGCCCCCUCAUGACCCCUACCCCCUUUUUCGGGAUGGGGAAGUCAGCUUUAAUCAUCUGUACUCCUAGACUGUGGAUCAUCUUGAAUUUAAACACCAGGUACCAAAUGGCGUUCUGCAAAUUGGUAUCUUCCAUGCAGUGGAGCCACUGCAGGGGCCCUUGAUCCAAACAAAGCAUAAUCCCUGGAAAUAAUAGCUAAGGGUGACCCUGUCUUCCUGAUUGCCAGGCACUCCUUCUCAUUCGUGCUGUACAUAAUCUCUUUUCGAAAGCUUCUGACUUAUUUUCAGCACCUGCUGCUCCUCUACCCCAAUCUCCUGAUACAGGACUGCUCAAAGCCCUCAGUCUGAUGUUUCAGUCUGCAGUAAAAAAAAGGGAAAGAAAAGUUAGGAGAGUUAGGGUCCCCUCAGUGGCAGAACCCUUCUCCCAAUGUAAACAUAAGGCUGUAACAGGCCCCUUCUUCAUGGCAGCCAUGCUUUGACUCAUCGGAAAAUUUCCAAGCCCCCCUGCAUUACAUAAGCCACACAAAGACUAGUCAAUGCAAGCUAUUUUAUAUCUAUUCAGAGAUAACAACAGAGAUGUCUUUAGAUGAUAAUUCAGUUGUGCUUAGAUUGGUUCAAAAGGGUAGCCAUUCAGGCUGCUUCACUCUCUAACUCUCUCACUCUUACUUUCUCUCUCUCUUUCUCUUUCUCUCUCUCUCUCUUUCUCUCUCUCUCUCUCUCUCUCUCUCUCUCUCUCUCUCUCUCUCUCUCUCUCUACAUACAUUUUGUAAAUAUAUAUGUAUGUACAUUUUUGUGAAAGAAUGUAAAUUAUCAUAUGCAUUUGUUUUUAUUGCAAACCAUGUCUUUUUCACUAAGAAGAUCCAUGCAGCUUUCAGGAAGAAGUGCUGAUAAAUAUCUGUGCCUGGGUGACCGAUGACUGGAUUUCAGGGGCUUUUAAAAUGUGGUAACACAUCGAUGAAGCCCUUCAUUGGUCAGUUUGAAUGUCUCAGUAUUUGAGCUUUGGUCACAUGGUCAGGGAAGAGACAACACUAUAUUGUAACUUUCGCUCUGGCUCUCUUUCCUGCUCUGCUCUUUUCUCCUCUGGAGCCUUUUUUCUCUGGCUCUCUCUUUGGCCAUAUUCUCUGCUCUCUCUCUCUCUCUCUCUCUCUCUCUCUCUCUCUCUCUCUCUCUCUCUCUCUCUAUCAGGUGACUUUAUUUUACAUUUAAGAUGGGUGCAAUUAAUAUGUUUUUAUCAUUUCAUGUUUUAUCAUUUUAU